AUGGCCGAGCUGCUGCGGAGCCUGCAGGAUUCGCAGCUCGUGGCGCGCUUCCAGCGCCGCUGCGGGCUCUUCCCAGCGCGGGAGGACACGGGAGAGAAGCACGUUGUGAAGAAUUAUUUCUACUAUUACCUGUUCCGGUUUUCGGCCGCCUUGGGUCAGGAAGUGUUCUACAUCACAUUUCUCCCAUUCACCCACUGGAAUAUCGAUCCUUAUUUGUCCAGAAGACUGGUCAUGAUAUGGGUUUUGGUGAUGUACAUUGGUCAGGUGGCCAAGGACAUCCUGAAGUGGCCCCGGCCCUCGUCCCCUCCCGUUGUGAAACUCGAGAAGAGAGUGGUUGCAGAAUACGGAAUGCCCUCGACCCACGCCAUGGCAGCCACUGCUAUAUCCUUCACCCUCCUCAUCUCUACCAUGGAUAGGUACCAGUACCCUUUUGCUCUGGGCCUGACAAUGGCUGUGGUGUUCUCUACGUUGGUGUGUCUCAGCAGACUCUACACUGGAAUGCACACGGUCCUGGAUGUGCUGGGCGGCGUGCUGAUCACUGCAGUCCUCAUUACCCUCACCUACCCGGCCUGGACCCUCAUCGACUCGCUGGACUCUGCCAGCCCCCUCUUCCCGGUGUGUGUCAUAGUCGUGCCGUUCUUCCUGUGCUACAACUACCCUGUGUCGGACUACUACAGCCCAACCAGGGCGGACACCACCACCAUCGUGGCUGCCGGGGCUGGGGUGACCCUGGGAUUCUGGAUUAAUCACUUCUUCCAGCUGGUGUCCAAGCCCACCCCGUCCCUCCCUGUGAUUCAGAGCAUCCCACCCCUCACCACAGACAUGCUGGUUUUGGGGGUGACCAAAUUUAUGGUGGGCAUCGUGCUGAUCGUCCUGGUCCGGCAGCUGGUGCAAAACCUCUCCCUGCAAGUGUUAUUCUCGUGGUUCAGGGUGGUGACGAGGAACAAGGAGGCCAGGCGAAGGCUGGAGAUCGAAGUCCCCUACAAAUUUGUCACCUACACGUCUGUCGGCAUCUGUGCCACAACGUUUGUGCCCAUGCUGCACAGGUUUUUGGGACUGCUCUGAGCCCCCAAACAGUUGGAACCUAGUCCGCUAAUGUGAAAGGCAAAAAAACGUGAGAAAGCCGUCGGUUGGGGCGAUCUCAACCCCUCCUGUGUAAGGAAA